AUGUUAGGUAAGUUGUUGAGAAAUUCUCUUAAGCCAGGCAGAUAUGCAAAUUAGAUCUUAUCUAAUAAUUCAAUGGUCCAUCUUCCAAAAAGAUUUGAGGGCGCAUAUCCUUGGUAACAGUCAUUUGCUGAAGUUAUCCCUAAAAAGAAUCAUAAAAUUGCAGAUGACACUCUCGAUGAGACUGAAAUAAUUACUAGAAUCUUAUUUGUUCUUCGCAAUUACUAUAUCUAUGAUCUAGAGAACUUUGAUUGGAAGAAAAAAUUCAUUGAUUAAGGUGUUGAUUCCCUCGAGCAAAUAGCUUUGAUUACAUCAAUUGAACAUGAGUUUCACACUGUUUUCGAGGACAGAGUGUUCGAUCACUUUGAAAAUCUAGAACAAAUCAAGGAAUAAGUUAUGUUGGAUCAUAACUGCUUCUGA